AUGAAUGAGACCUACAGGGUGAUGAUGGCGUUGUCAGCUCACCUCGGUUCUCUGGAGGCAGAGAAACAAAAGCUACGAGCUCAGGUGAGUUUGUCGAAAAGACCUGUAUACUUGUGUGAUGACAAAGACACUUCCUCCAACAAAGAGUCUCUGGAUGACCUCUUUCCUGCUGAGGAUGAGGAGCAGUCUUCGAGUGAGUUUCUUGUAAUAGAUGAUAGAUUAUCUGAAGCUCUUAGAGAGGAAGUGUCCUUAACAAGCCAGGACACUGUGUUGUUUCCCUACAGAGACCAGAACAAAUACAAAGAGGCCGCCAACCUGCUGAACGAUGCUUUGGCCAUCAGGGAGAAAACUCUUGGGAUGGACCAUCCGGCUGUGGCAGCGACGCUCAACAACCUGGCAGUGCUUUAUGGGAAAAGAGGAAAAUACAAGGAAGCAGAGCCGCUUUGUAAAAGAGCUCUAGAGAUCAGAGAGAAGUGUCCAGGUGACGGGCGUCCCAGCUGGUCCGGCGUGGUGGAGGACGGCGGGUCCACACAGGACGGACUUAAGCGCAGUGGCUCCUUCACCAAACUCAGAGAGUCGAUCAGGCGAAGCAGCGAGAAACUGGUCCGAAAGCUGAAAGGAGUCGGAAUGGAGGAAACAACCCCAAGGAAUGCUGGGAUGAAGAGGGCAAACUCUCUGAAUGUUUUGAACGUUGGCGUCAGAGAACGUCAGGAUGGCAGCGAGUCGAGUCAGCUGACGGAUACUCGAGGCCUGAGCUCCAGCACUCAGAGUCUGAUGAGAAGAGGCUCACUGGGUGGGAACAGCUAACGCAAAAAUAAGAAUAUCCCCUAAAAACACAACACCUUUCAAAGAUGACGAUCGGCACAGAGCAGUGUGUUUAAUCAGUGUGGGAACAUCAGGCCUGAGUGGAUUCAUCAGUUUUAGUCUUCAAGGAAAAAAGAUAAUUGACUCGACUAAGAUGCUUCCAAAAAUCUGACUUUUAAAAUUAGUUUGUGCGUUUUUAGAAUGAAACAAUUUCAGUUUUUUAUUUAAAACAACACAACAAAGCAUAAAUAGAGGGCUGGGUCAUGUGAUGAAUUUUAACUUGACGUUAUUGGAAUUGCACUAUGACAUUUUUUUCCGGAUCACUUGAAGUUUUAAAUCCCGUCAUUCCUGGUUUUAGGUUCAGUUCUAUGACUUCCAGUUAACUUUUGAUCUUAAACUCGUAGGACCUGGCGUCCACAUAUGUGGACAUCACAUUUUGGGUUGUCUAGACCACAAUACAAAAUUUUUCCCAAUCAGCUCAAAUAGCAAACAGAAAUUAAAAAUGCAUGCCAUGAAAGAGUUCGGGUCUUAGCAGGUUAAUUUUAAGUUGUGCUGAAAUCCCUUUAAUCUAGUUUAAAAGCAUUUCCCCUGCAGUGUUUUUACACAAACGUGACCACGUUACACUAAGGAAAGCGGCAGUCUGUAGGUUCACAUUUGAACUAUGGGAAAUUUUAAGACACUUCACUUGAUGCUUUGAUACUAAAGAUCAUAUUUUUUAAAUGGAGUUGUUUGUAAUUUGAGAAGCAGUGCAGGGAUGUAAAGAUCUUUACACAAUGAUCAGAAUGUAAAGUGUAAUUUUACGUUCGAAGAUGAUAAGCUAUCAAAGUUUACACUGUUUCAAGU